GCAGAGACAAUGGCUCGGCUCAUCUGCCGUCCCAGGAGAAGAAACUCAUAUGAUAGACAGUCGCCGGGUCCUAAAUAAAGGAUGUCAGAGAUGCUUAUCUCUUGAUUCAUACAUGACAGAGAGUGCAGUUACUAAGCAUUCUAUACGAGUAGCAGGACAGACAAAUCAAAGCAAGAACGGGACAGCAGGGCAAAUACUAAUACAUCGGCUCAAAUAGGGAAACAAACUGAACUUCUGCUAAUGAUAAACAAAUUGUCACCAGGGAAUAAAACUAACCGAUCGGCACUAAAAGUUAUGUUAAGCACCUUACUUGAUUGACUUUGAUGUGGUAAAAAAACAAACCUAAAUAAAAUCACUGCUGGUUCAUAUCCGAAGGAGAGGCUGGACACAAUCUGCAGCUGUUAGCAGAUCCCGGGACCUCUAAACGGAUCGCACUACGUUGGGGUCAUUUCCAGUCGGUGCUGCCUUGCGAGGGUCUUAGUUAUCUCUGUCCUGGUGCUCUUAGACCUUAUUUUGUGGACUCGUUAGGAGGAGCAGCAGCAGAAACCAUGCAUUGCCACGACGAGCUGCGGCUCACAUCACCGGGACAGCUGAAAGCAGCCAGGCGGCGCUACAAGACCUUCAUGAUUGACGAGAUCCUUUCCAAGGAGACUUGCGACUACUUCCAGAAGCUGUCACUUUAUUCCGUCUGUCCGUCCCUCAUCGUCAGACCCAAGGCUCUCCAUUCCUGCCCCGGUCCUUCUUCUUUGAGAGAAUUCCCUGUCUUCUCGCUAAUCACACGGCAGCCAACACAACUUGCUCAUCUUUCCUCAGUGACCCAGGCAUCUCAUAUGCCACACCUUUUGUCUCCUCAUGCCUCAACAGGUGGGCCACGCUCUGAUACCCCUGCCAGUGAAACUCCACUAAGCCUCAGCAGUGAAUCUGAGGCAGAACAGCCUGCAACCCGCCUGAAAAAGCCCCGACGGAGUAGAACUAUUUUCACAGAACUGCAGCUGAUGGGACUGGAGAAGAAGUUUCAAAAGCAGAAAUACCUUUCAACUCCAGACAGACUGGACUUGGCACAGUCACUGGGUUUGACUCAGCUGCAGGUGAAGACAUGGUACCAAAACCGGAGAAUGAAAUGGAAGAAGAUGGUAUUAAAAGGUGGGCAGGAAGCUCCCACAAAACCUAAGGGUCGUCCAAAAAAAAACUCCAUCCCAACAACAGAAGAGAUUGAGGCUCAAGAGAGGCUGACCUACCAGGAAUGUGAGAUGGAGACCAAGGAAGUUCAAAUGUCAAAAACAAAGGAGGAGGCUUUGGAGACAUCCUAUAAAACGCUGGACAGAGACACUGAAAGACUGCAAGCAGUAUCUUUGCCUUCACGUUCUUCUUCUCCUCAGGAUUCUUUGCCAGCAAGCUAAAACACCCAUUAAAAAAUGAAGACUAUUUUAACUGCAAGAUUGUAUACUUUGUAUUAUGGGAACUUGCACUUUCCUUAUAGGAGAUAACAGCAAUGCAUGCUGUUCAAAUUUACCUCCUUGUGUAUAGCCCCUCCCAAUGCAUGCACAGAUAAGCAGCAUUUUAACCAUGUUCAAAAGUUGCAGUGGUGUGUAUGCAGCAUAAUAUGGAAUGCCUAGCUGCCCUAUGAUGUCAGAGCUGCAUUUUCUAGUUUGCCAUUUUUACACCAGAGAGAAAUAGCUAAAUUGCCCUGCAAAAUUAAGAACUGCUACUAGCUGUGAUACAUUAUAUUUGCCUUAGCCUGAGACAUACUUUGCCUUAAUCCUAUCAAGGAAACACAUGUUGAGCUGUUCAGCUAUUGCUAAUAUUGAUGGGGCUGAGAAACACCUUGAUUAUAUCUCAGUAAAUGGUCCAGACUUAGUGCCUUGAGCAUUUAAAUGUUUGUGUGGGGACUGGGUUUGCAUGAACUGACAAUUCCUCUGCAUGCAGAGAUUAUAACUUUUUAAUGAUAUACAUUUAAAUAAAUCUGCAUAGGAAAUCAGUGAGGCAAAUGCAUAUGCAAAUGUAUUCAAACUUCUACUUCCUUGACUACUUUGGGGAGAUUAUUCAGUAUGAUCUUUAAGCACUCAUAUUUCACAUGCCUCUGCAGAUUAUCUGAGAACAUAAGUAAAGACAUUUUGUGGUUUGGUUUAGCCAAUGAUAUACUUAACAGUGAUUAAAUGUUAUAUUGAAAACGUUUUUAUAAUGGAACAUAACUCGUGGAGAGAGAAAGAAAGAGAUGGAGAUGGCGAGAGAGAGAGGGAGGAGAAGAGAGAGAGAAAAACAAACCUGUCUUGGCCCUUGUGCCACUGCUGAAGAGUAUCGAGAUAUACACUGUAAAAGACAUUAA